GCUCAAGACGUAUGCCAACUUUCCAGAAGCACCUCAGGAGGAGGCUUCUCUCAGCAAUUGGCUCAAGACGUAUGCCAACUUUCCAGAAGCACCUCAGGAGGAGACUUCUCUCAGCAAUUGGCUCAAGACGUAUGCCAACUUUCCAGAAGCACCUCAGGAGGAGACUUCUCUCAGCAAUUGGCUCAAGACGUAUGCCAACUUUCCAGAAGCACCUCAGGAGGAGGCUUCUCUCAGCAAUAGGCUCAAGACGUAUGCCAACUUUCCAGAAGCACCUCAGGAGGAGACUUCUCUCAGCAAUUGGCUCAAGACGUAUGCCAACUUUCCAGAAGCACCUCAGGAGGAGGCUUCUCUCAGCAAUAGGCUCAAGACGUAUGCCAACUUUCCAGAAGCACCUCAGGAGGAGGCUUCUCUCAGCAAUAGGCUCAAGACGUAUGCCAACUUUCCAGAAGCACCUCAGGAGGAGGCUUCUCUCAGCAAUAGGCUCAAGACGUAUGCCAACUUUCCAGAAGCACCUCAGGAGGAGGCUUCUCUCAGCAAUUGGCUCAAGACGUAUGCCAACUUUCCAGAAGCACCUCAGGAGGAGGCUUCUCUCAGCAAUUGGCUCAAGACGUAUGCCAACUUUCCAGAAGCACCUCAGGAGGAGGCUUCUCUCAGCAAUUGGCUCAAGACGUAUGCCAACUUUCCAGAAGCACCUCAGGAGGAGGCUUCUCUCAGCAAUAGGCUCAAGACGUAUGCCAACUUUCCAGAAGCACCUCAGGAGGAGGCUUCUCUCAGCAAUUGGCUCAAGACGUAUGCCAACUUUCCAGAAGCACCUCAGGAGGAGGCUUCUCUCAGCAAUUGGUUCAAGACGUAUGCCAACUUUCCAGAAGCACCUCAGGAGGAGGCUUCUCUCAGCAAUUGGCUCAAGACGUAUGCCAACUUUCCAGAAGCACCUCAGGAGGAGGCUUCUCUCAGCAAUUGGCUCAAGACGUAUGCCAACUUUCCAGAAGCACCUCAGGAGGAGGCUUCUCUCAGCAAUAGGCUCAAGACGUAUGCCAACUUUCCAGAAGCACCUCAGGAGGAGGCUUCUCUCAGCAAUAGGCUCAAGACGUAUGCCAACUUUCCAGACGCACCUCAGGAGGAGGCUUCUCUCAGCAAUAGGCUCAAGACGUAUGCCAACUUUCCAGAAGCACCUCAGGAGGAGGCUUCUCUCAGCAAUAGGCUCAAGACGUAUGCCCACUUUCCAGAAGCACCUCAGGAGGAGGCUUCUCUCAGCAAUAGGCUCAAGACGUAUGCCAACUUUCCAGAAGCACCUCAGGAGGAGGCUUCUCUCAGCAAUAGGCUCAAGACGUAUGCCAACUUUCCAGAAGCACCUCAGGAGGAGGCUUCUCUCAGCAAUAGGCACAAGACGUAUGCCAACUUUCCAGAAGCACCUCAGGAGGAGGCUUCUCUCAGCAAUUGGCUCAAGACGUAUGCCAACUUUCCAGACGCACCUCAGGAGGAGGCUUCUCUCAGCAAUAGGCUCAAGACGUAUGCCAACUUUCCAGACGCACCUCAGGAGGAGGCUUCUCUCAGCAAUAGGCUCAAGACGUAUGCCAACUUUCCAGAAGCACCUCAGGAGGAGGCUUCUCUCAGCAAUAGGCUCAAGACGUAUGCCCACUUUCCAGAAGCACCUCAGGAGGAGGCUUCUCUCAGCAAUAGGCUCAAGACGUAUGCCAACUUUCCAGAAGCACCUCAGGAGGAGGCUUCUCUCAGCAAUAGGCACAAGACGUAUGCCAACUUUCCAGAAGCACCUCAGGAGGAGGCUUCUCUCAGCAAUUGGCUCAAGACGUAUGGCAACUUGCCAGAAGCACCUCAGGAGGAGGCUUCUCUCAGCAAUUGGCACAAGACGUAUGCCAACUUUCCAGAAGCACCUCAGGAGGAGGCUUUUCUCAGCAAUUGGCUCAAGACGUAUGGCAACUUGCCAGAAGCACCUCAGGAGGAGGCUUCUCUCAGCAAUUGGCUCAAGACGUAUGCCAACUUUCCAGAAGCACCUCAGGAGGAGGCUUCUCUCAGCAAUAGGCUCAAGACGUAUGCCAACUUUCCAGAAGCACCUCAGGAGGAGGCUUCUCUCAGCAAUAGGCUCAAGACGUAUGCCAACUUUCCAGAAGCACCUCAGGAGGAGGCUUCUCUCAGCAAUAGGCUCAAGUCGUAUGCCAACUUUCCAGAAGCACCUCAGGAGGAGGCUUCUCUCAGCAAUAGGCUCAAGACGUAUGCCAACUUUCCAGAAGCACCUCAGGAGGAGGCUUCUCUCAGCAAUAGGCUCAAGACGUAUGCCAACUUUCCAGAAGCACCUCAGGAGGAGGCUUCUCUCAGCAAUAGGCACAAGACGUAUGGCAACUUUCCAGAAGCACCUCAGGAGGAGGCUUCUCUCAGCAAUAGGCUCAAGACGUAUGCCAACUUUCCAGAAGCACCUCAGGAGGAGGCUUCUCUCAGCAAUAGGCUCAAGACGUAUGCCAACUUUCCAGAAGCACCUCAGGAGGAGGCUUCUCUCAGCAAUAGGCUCAAGACGUAUGCCAACUUUCCAGAAGCACCUCAGGAGGAGGCUUCUCUCAGCAAUAGGCUCAAGACGUAUGCCAACUUUCCAGAAGCACCUCAGGAAGAUUCUUCUCUCAGCAAUAGGCUCAAGACGUAUGCCAACUUUCCAGAAGCACCUCAGGAGGAGGCUUCUCUCAGCAAUAGGCUCAAGACGUAUGCCAACUUUCCAGAAGCACCUCAGGAGGAGGCUUCUCUCAGCAAUAGGCACAAGACGUAUGCCAACUUUCCAGAAGCACCUCAGGAGGAGGCUUCUCUCAGCAAUUGGCUCAAGACGUAUGCCAACUUUCCAGAAGCACCUCAGGAGGAGGCUUCUCUCAGCAAUAGGCACAAGACGUAUGCCAACUUUCCAGAAGCACCUCAGGAGGAGGCUUCUCUCAGCAAUUGGCACAAGACGUAUGCCAACUUUCCAGAAGCACCUCAGGAGGAGGCUUCUCUCAGCAAUUGGCACAAGACGUAUGCCAACUUUCCAGAAGCACCUCAGGAGGAGGCUUCUCUCAGCAAUUGGCACAAGACGUAUGCCAACUUUCCAGAAGCACCUCAGGAGGAGGCUUCUCUCAGCAAUUGGCACAAGACGUAUGCCAACUUUCCAGAAGCACCUCAGGAGGAGGCUUCUCUCAGCAAUUGGCUCAAGACGUAUGCCAACUUUCCAGAAGCACCUCAGGAGGAUGCUUCUCUCAGCAAUAGGCACAAGACGUAUGCCAACUUUCCAGAAGCACCUCAGGAGGAGGCUUCUCUCAGCAAUUGGCUCAAGACGUAUGCCAACUUUCCAGAAGCACCUCAGGAGGAGGCUUCUCUCAGCAAUAGGCACAAGACGUAUGCCAACUUUCCAGAAGCACCUCAGGACGAGGCUUCUCUCAGCAAUUGGUGCGGCGGGGACCUGGGGUAUGUUCUCGACUUACGGCGGGGAUGGCCCUUCAAAACACGAGUUUCUUCAGUGACGUCAGGACUCCUGUCUAGUAACGAGGGACACGUCAGGAAUCUCUUCGAGGCUUGGCAGGGCAAAAGGGACACUUCUCGAGCCGAGGCAGGGCACCCAAGAAUCCUUUCCAGUAGCCACAGGGAUUUUGGGAUUCCUAUCAGUAUUCAAAAGGAGUCAGGCAUCGUCACCUUUUGA